UGCUACCACCAGAUAUGAAGCUCUUCUUGCUGCUCCUCUGCUUGGCAGGGCUGGUCCUCGCUGGCUGCAACGUGAUCCAGUUCGGUUCAAUGAUUAAGCACAAGACGGGGAAAUCACCGCUGUCCUACAACGGCUACGGCUGCUACUGCGGCGUGGGGGGGUCCAAAAAGCCGCUGGAUGCGACCGACAGGUGCUGCCAUGCUCACGACUGCUGCUACAAGAAGCUGUCUUCCUCUCGCUGCAGCCCCAAACUGGUCACGUACAAAUACUCCACGCAGGGAAGCCAGAUAACGUGCGGAGCCGGGACUUGGUGUGAAAGAGGGAGCUGCGAGUGCGACAGGCGAGCGGCGGAGUGCUUCCAGAAGGCAGCCAGCACAUUCCGCAACUCCUACAGGAACUACCCCAACUCCCUGUGCAAGGGCUCCACUCCCUCCUGUUAGACACGCCGGGGACACCCAGAACCUGACAGAAAUGGUCUCCACUGGGGGCUUUUUGCCUUCCCAGCAACCGGAGAGAACCCGGCUUGGUCCUGAGACACUGAAAUGGUGUCUGGUGCCUUUCCCUGGCACCCAGGGAAGCCCCCACUCCCCACAAUGAAAUCAUAAGAACAAGGAAAUCAUGCAAAUAAAAGUUCAUUUUCAAAG